UUCUUCAUUUUAUGAGUUUUAUCACCCCUCAUUUUUUCUCUUUUUCUUUUUUGCCCUCCUCAUCCGAAUAAUGAAGUGUUAGUGGGCUGAUCCAUUAUUUAAACAUUUAGCAGGGACGAAAAACCCUAGACGGAGGGAGAGAGGUGUCGCGCCCCACGAGAUCGCAGACGCCGCACCGGAGGAGAAGACGACGCGAGCAAUUGUUCGACGAUGGCAGCUGAAAAGAAAUUGAGUAACCCAAUGAGGGAGAUAAAAGUCCAAAAGCUUGUCCUGAACAUUUCCGUUGGAGAAAGUGGAGAUCGUCUCACGAGAGCUGCAAAGGUGCUGGAGCAACUCAGUGGCCAAACCCCUGUUUUCUCCAAGGCUAGGUACACUGUGAGGUCCUUUGGUAUCAGACGUAAUGAAAAGAUUGCAUGCUAUGUCACUGUCCGAGGCGAUAAAGCAAUGCAACUACUUGAGAGUGGAUUGAAAGUGAAGGAAUAUGAGCUGCUAAGGAGGAACUUCAGUGAUACUGGUUGCUUUGGAUUUGGUAUUCAGGAGCACAUUGAUCUUGGAAUCAAGUAUGAUCCCUCAACUGGUAUUUAUGGUAUGGAUUUCUAUGUUGUCUUGGAACGUCCUGGUUUCCGGGUUGCACGUCGAAGAAGGUGCAAGUCCCGUGUCGGUAUCCAGCACAGAGUCACCAAGGAAGAUGCCAUGAAGUGGUUCCAGGUCAAAUACGAGGGUGUUAUCCUUAACAAGUCCUCCAACCUUACAUCUUAGGGGUGGGUUGUCCUUUCACUUUCAGACUCGUUGUCUUCUAAUCUUUUUAAGUGCACCAACAAUUUGUGUUGUUUUUUUGAGUUAUAAAGUUUUGAGUUAUGGAUAUGCUGCUCAAGAUUUGUCAUGAGAUGAUUCUAUCAUAUUUCUUUGUGGAGUAUCUUAUCUUUUCUAUUCUUCUAAUCUUAUUUGUCUGUUUACUAUUCAUAAAAUCAAAUUUUAACUAUAUU